AUGUCGGGCUCUGCCGAAGUGCUGGCUGCGAUUGGCUCGAUGAAGUCGGAGCUGCCCACGGCGAUUGGAGCUGCUGACGCUCGGACGGACGCUUUGGAGGUACAGAUGCAGGGCCUGCAGGUACUCUCGCAGUACCGCAAGGAGCACUGGGAGUGGCGCGUCCAGGCGUUCAACGGCAUCCUGCCAGAGCUCAUCGAGUUCCAUAAGGUGCGCCAGGCUGGCUUCGCAUUUGCCAAGACUAUCCCGGCGUUCCACGCCCUCUGCCUCAGUAUCUUGUCCUUCGCCAUGCACUUCGCACCUGGCAUCCCUGUCGAGGGGAAGCUCUUCCAGGCCGCCGUCGACCGUGCGCUUGCUGCCUCGCCGGACUUCCCCCAUGGUGCCAAGAUCGACCCGAUGAUGAGGAUGGGGAGGUGGAUGGGUGAGGUUCCAGAAGAUGCCGCGACGAAGGUCUCGAAAGCUGUCAAGUUUGUGACUCGGAAGGACCUGCAGGCCGACCUCGGGGCCCGGCUAGCAGCCCUGGCCGCCGGCGGGGCGGGCGCCGCCGAGGCCAGUGCCGCCGAGAACGCUGGCGGCGGGCGCCCGCCGGGCGGCGCUGCCGUGCUAGAGCGGCCGGGCACGGCGAUGCUGCCGCCCCCUCAGCCAGAGCCCCCCAGCCCGCCAGAGGAGGUCCACCGCUUCAGAAGCGGCGACUUCUCGGCCGAGAAGCUCUGGGAGCGGCUGUCCAACGGCUCCGCCGGCGACGUCUGCAGCUCACUGACGGACGCCGCGUCGGUCCUGGAGCUCAACGGGCACGGCGCUGGCAGCCCUCCCGACGCCCGGCGGAACAUCGCCAACGGCCGCGCCUCCGAUAACUGGAACAUCAUCAACCAAGGUUGCAGCGGCGUCUACGACAGCCAAAGGGAGCUCUUUCUGACGCUGCAGCGCACGCACGACCUCAACCAGGGCAGUGUGCUGUACAUGCUUUCGGACUUCUUGGGCUGCCGGCAGCAGAUCGGCACCUUCUUCGACAGGCUCCGGCGGAAGACCGAGGACCGGCCCGAGUGCGGGCGGAGGGCGGCGAAGCUGGUGGACAGCCCUAACUUCGCCAUGGUCGUCACGGGCCUCAUCGUGCUCAACGCCAUCUGGAUAGCGGUGGCCUGCGAGGACUACAUGCACAGGUGCCUGCGCGUGUGGGACCAGUCCCAGGACCUCUGGGAGGCGGGAGGCGCCCUGACCAGCGACGCGAAGGCGGAGGCGGCCACGCCCGAGUGGAUGCUGGUCAUCGACACCAUCUUUGCGUUCCUGUUCGGCCUCGAGCUGAUUGCCCGCGUGACGUGCGGGGCCUGCCCCGCGUACCCUGCGGCGGCGGCCGCCGCCCCCUGCCCGGGCUGCCCGAGCUGCCCGGACUGCAGUCUGACCUGCGGGUCCGGGCCAGGCUGGUGGGCGGUCCUGGCCGCCUUGGUCGCCGGGCUCGCGGCUGGUGGCGGCCUCCGCGUGACGCUGGGCUGGGCUGCCCGAGUCGCCUCGCUCUUCGUCGGCGGGACCGACCCGCCGCCUGUGACCCUGCUCGUCGAGGACGACGGAGCUGGCCAAGACGGCGGUGCGCAUCGCCGCUUUCGGGCGGUGCGGGCAUAG